AUACGUCAAUUUCCUGCGACUCGGGGCGUGAGGCCACGUGAGCGGCGGAUCCCAUUAAGAUGAGAUAAACAGCCGCAGUAGAGAAGGCCUCGUUACACUUCUAAACGUGCAGUUGUUGUUGUUUAUUUUAGUGUUCAGUCGGUGGUGGAGUCUAUAUAGGACGGGUUGAUAUUGGCGUGACACUUCCUCCGGAUCAUGCCCCACGACCCUAAACCGCCUCCGGCCAAGAGAUUUAAGCCGGGCUCCCCUUUUUCCCUUGCAAACAAGAAGCCUGGAAUGCUGCUGCCAAAGAAGGGAAAUGCGUCCAGUCAAAUAGACGUGCAAAGGAAACAUCUGCCUAUUUACCAGGCCAAAUCUCAGCUCAUCGACCAGCUCAGACAGCUGCCCAAUGCUGUGUUGAUCGGAGAAACAGGCUCGGGUAAAACCACCCAGAUUCCUCAGUACCUCUAUGAAGCGGGUAUUGGUCGACAGGGCAUCAUUGCGGUCACACAGCCUCGGCGUGUGGCUGCGAUCUCGCUGGCGGGACGAGUGGCAGAGGAAAAGAGAACUCAGCUUGGAAAACUGGUGGGCUAUACUGUGCGUUUUGAGGACGUGACAUCCGUGGAAACCAAGCUGAAGUUCAUGACUGAUGGCAUGCUGCUGAGAGAGGCGAUCGGGGACCCAAUGCUUUUACGCUACACAGUUGUGAUCCUAGACGAAGCUCACGAGCGCACGGUCCACACCGACGUGCUGUUUGGUGUGGUCAAGAGCGCCCAGCGCAAACGCAAAGAGCACAAUAAGAUCCCUCUAAAGGUCAUUGUGAUGUCUGCCACCAUGGAUGUGGACCUGUUCUCUCAGUAUUUUAAUAAGUCUCCUGUGCUGUACUUGGAGGGUCGGCAGCACCCGAUUCAGAUCUAUUAUACCAAACAGCCGCAGUCUGAUUACCUCCAUGCAGCGCUGGUCUCCAUUUUUCAGAUUCACCAAGAAGCUCCUCUGUCCCAUGAUAUCCUGGUGUUUAUGACUGGGCAGGAGGAGAUCGAAGCGCUGGCCCGGACGUGUCGGGACAUCGCCAAACACCUGCCUGAAACCUGCGGGCCUAUGAUCGUGAUCCCUUUGUACGCAUCACUUCCUCCUGCCCAGCAACUCAGGGUCUUUUAUCCUGCACCCAAGGGCUGCAGAAAAGUCAUUCUCUCGACCAACAUCGCAGAGACGUCCAUAACCAUUUCUGGAAUUAAAUACGUAAUUGACACAGGAAUGGUGAAGGCCAAGCGCUAUAACCCAGACAGCGGUCUGGAGGUGUUGGCGGUGCAGAGGGUGUCUAAAGCCCAGGCCUGGCAGCGGGCUGGCAGGGCAGGGAGAGAGGACUCUGGCUCCUGUUACCGUCUCUACACUGAAGAUGAGUUUGAGAACCUGGCAAACAUGACUGUUCCUGAAAUACAAAGGUGUAAUUUGGCAGGUGUAAUCCUGCAGCUGUUAGCUCUCGGUGUUUCUGACGUCCUCAACUUUGACUUCAUGUCCAAGCCGUCACCUGAGUCGAUGCGAAUGGCUGUGGAGCAGCUGGAUCUCCUUGGAGCAGUGGAGCAGAGGGAAGAUCAGGUUUUCCUCACCCCUCUUGGCAAGAAGAUGGCCUGCUUUCCUUUGGAACCUCGAUUUGCUAAAACCAUCCUGAUCUCUCCGGACUUUUCCUGUAGCGAAGAGAUUCUGACCAUCGUCUCUCUGCUCUCCGUGGACUCUGUGCUCUACAACCCUCCUGCUCGUCGAGACGAGGUGCUCCUCGUGCGCAAGAAAUUCAUCUCCAGCGAGGGAGACCUCAUCACCCUGCUGAAUAUCUACAGGGCCUUCAAGAAAGUCAGUGGAAAUAAGGAGUGGUGUAGGGAGAAUUUUGUGAAUAGCAGAAACAUGAGUCUGGUUGGUGAAGUGCGAGCUCAGCUGAGGGACAUUUGCAUCAAGCUGGGACUGAAGCUCGAAUCCUCUCUGUCCGAGCUGGCUAACGUGCGACGCUGCCUGGCUCACGGAAUGUUCCCCAAUGCCGCUGAGCUACAGCCCGGUGGCACCUAUUUGGCUCUGGAUACCCACCAGACCGUCGCCAUCCACCCGUCCUCCGUCCUGUUCCAGGCCAAGCCGGCCUACGUGAUUUUCAACGAGCUCCUUCAUACGUCGCGCUGCUACAUGAGGGACCUGUGCCUGGUGGAUCCUGACUGGCUCCAGGAAGCAGCGCCGGAGUAUUUCCGGCGUAAGAUACAUAUAUCAAAGAGUUAGUACACCUCCGUGCUUCUUGAGGUGCUUUAUCGACCGCAGAUUGCAGACUGUUUUGGAAUCGAUAGCAGUAGUUCAUCAAAGUGGUUGGGCUCGUUUCUAACUCGUCCUAGAUCCUUAUAGUUUUCUUCUGCUGACGUGGGAACAUUGGGCAGGGGAAUUUAAUGAAGUUUCUUGUAUGACUGUCAAAAUGCUUUCGAGAUAUGAGGAGAUAUCCUAUUUUUAUUCAACUGUAAGUUUGCCAUAACAGAUGAGACUGAAGCCACUCAAAUGAAUUUCAUGUCACCCUAUGAAGCCAAAACAGGCUGGAGAAGACGAUACUGAAUGUCCUCUUCUUUCCAGAGGAAACACUCAGCGUUGAUUGAUCGCUUAGGAAUGACUUUCCUUGGAAAAAGUGCUUUGCGGAUCUUUGUACGAAUUGACACUUUUUUUUCUCACACCCUCCAACAGCUUUUGACUAAUUUGUGUACUUCUGUUCCAGUGGUUUGAUACUGGAAGCUUUUUUUCUACCUGCCUGUUUCUAAAGUCAGUUUAUUUAGAUGCAAAUUAUGUGCUCUUACCCUGUUGGGAAUGCUUGCAUGUUUCCUUUAACUACGUGUCAGGCUCUUGAUGCACCUCAUGGGCGGCCGCACUGUUUCUGGAACUAAUUUGCCUACCUGUGUUGAUAAAACAGCUUGUUCUCUAUGAACACCUUUUGUGUUUAUGAACAGAGGUUCACAUGUUGACCGGAUGGAUGCAUGGUGUGCAACCAUGGCCUUAAAUCUAUGUCUUAUCUUACUAACACCAUGUUUCAUUCCAUUUUCAGCUAUGGUUUUAUACUGGGAUGUUUUACAUGGGCAUUUCUUAUUAAUGGUUCAUAGUUUCUAGCUGAUUAAUGUCUCACACAGAGUUGUCUAAUAGAAAAAUGUUCGAAUGCAUUUUGUACACUUUAAUGAAAAAAAUGGUAAUGUUUUAUGCAUACAUUAUUAAUUGGCUUCUGUCCAAGAGAACUAUUAUAGCUGCAAAGAUAGUGUUUUAGUUGUUUAUAUAAAGUCCAGGUUCAUGAUUCAUUCAGGAUCAUGAUGAUUCACUCGCAUGAUACGAUUUUGACAAUUCAUUUACGUUUACAGCAUUUGGAAGAUGCACUUAUCCAGAGCGACUUAAAAUUCUCGUUCAUACAACUGAACAGUUGCAGCUUAGCGAUUGGUGGGAUUUGAACUUGACAUUCUGAUCAGACGUCCAACAGCUUAACCACUGAGCUACCUUCUUCUUUUAUAAUCUUUAAUGAUAUCAGAGACUGAUACAAUACAAGCUGCUACAUAUCAACUCAUAUGGCCAACUUUGUCCAGUAUCUGGAGUGUGGUUAAUAUGUGACCUUGAGAAACCUCUGUUUAACAUCUAUCUAUCUAUCUAUCUAUCUAUCUAUCUAUCUAUCUAUCUAUCUAUCUAUCUAUCUAUCUAUCUAUCUAUCUAUCUAUCUAUCUAUCAUCUCCAAUUGUUUGUCCUUUUUUUGACAGAAGCCUAUUUAUAAUCAGUUUAAAUUGACAUAAUUAUCCACUUUUUUUUGCAUUGAUUUACUCCAAUUAUCCAAUUAACUCGAAUUGAAAUCGAACGAAUUUUUCAAAAGCGUCAGAUCGCUUACAUUUUUCUGUUCUAUCAGAUUUGAACGACUUUUGCGUUUUGAAACUAGCUUUUUGUGUUUUGACAGAGCUGUCAUUCAAAAAGCCAGGCCACUAAAUGUUUUCACAACUUUUAAACAACACAAUUGACUGAAAUCAUCGUAUUCUUCGUCUUAUUUUCCCUCCCAAAUUGAGAUGAUCCGAUCUGGAACGGAGCAUUUUUACUGUGUUACUCGCUUUCUCUGAGAAAUUUUGCCCUAAUUAAUUUUGGGUUGCUGCUCCACUGGAGCCAGGGGGAGACCAGCAUUUCUGCUCCUAAUAGAUAUUUAAUUGAUGCUAACAACUUCGGACCACACCGUAAUAGUUUUUAACGUCAGCCAGAAGCCUCAUUCUCAGUAUCACCAUUUCUAAGCUAUGCAUGCUUUUCUGUAAUAUUUGUAUAUCUGCCAUUGAAGUGCACAUACUUGUUUCUGUACCUGCUACAGAUUGUACACAUAAGUACUUCUUAACUGAUAUGCUAUGCAUGUUGUAUGAUAACACAGAACAAGGCCACUCAGGUUUCUCUGGAAUGCAGAAUAUACCUCAAAUAUAUAUUUAGUAUAGUCAUAAGAACAUUCUUGAAACGAGGUUUUUGUUUAUUGGAUCGUGCAUGGACCUUCAUCCAAACUUGACAUUUCUACAUGCCAGAUAUUAGGAUAUUGCUUGAUAUUUAUUUUUUUUCUUCGUAUUGUCUUUUUCCCCUGUUUUGUUACGCACUCUGAAGCCAAUUUCAGAAUAUAGCAGCGAAUUUGUCUGACUUCAUAAAAGGUUGUUUAAAAAAAAUAAAUAAAAUAAAUGACCUUUUGAGGCAAAAGUAUUUAACUAAAGCUUUGUGAAUUUUCUUUGGCAUUUCCCUUGUCUGUUAAAAUAGAGGUUUCUACAUGAGGAAGUGACUCGUGAAGAAAAUGAAGUAACCUUAUUUUAACUAUGUCUGCGUUUUUUUUUUUUUUGCCCUUUUACUGCAUGCUGUUUAUUUAACGCUGUUAAAUGUUCUGGUUUUAUUAGAACGUGUCCUUAUAUGACAAAUGUGCAUCUUUUGAAAUAUUCAGCAUUUUUUUUUCCUUUAUAAUUAAUUCUUAAAUAAAAUUUUUCAUUUUGUCAAA